CUUGCCGACUGCUCGUGGCAGGACAUGGCAGGGGAUAAAGCGGCUGUGGUUGCGCCGGUGCUGGAUGCGGCACCUCCACGCAAGGCACGCCGCGACGAGUCGCUUAAUCCAAACAACUACCCCGCGACAACCCUCGGGAUAUUUUCAUUACAGAAUCGCUUUCGGCGCUUUUGCAUGGCCACAAUGGACAGUCAAAGCUUUGGGGUCCUCGUUAUGGUUGCUGUCUUGGUCAACACGUUUGCCAUGAGCUUUGCCAACUACAAUUCCCCCGCCGUUGGGUCGUCGUCACCUCCAGAUCGAACCGGCUACAUCAUUAACCUGAUCGAAAGCACCACACUCGUCGUGUUCAUCGUUGAAGCGUGCAUGCGCAUCGUGGCUCAAGGCGUCACCGGGCGCAACUCGUACUUUCAAGACAACUGGAACAUCCUCGAUUUUGUUGUGAUCGUGACUGGAAUUGUGAUCCUGGUUUACCACGAAACGUCCAGCUUGUCUGGCAUUCGGUGCCUGCGAAUCCUGCGUCCACUCCGCACGCUGCGUUCUUUUCCAGGGCUACGCACACUCGUAAACUCCCUCUUGUCCGCGCUACCGGCGCUUGCAAACGUGGCCAUUCUGUUGUGCUUCUGCUACACAGUGUUUGCGAUUCUUGGGAUGGGUAUUUGGAGUGGGCUGUACCAUGGGCGGUGCAGGCUUACCGAGUUUCCCGUGCGGCUCAACUUCACCGCAGCGAACGCUUCGUGGAACUACAAAUACCCCGACGCUGACUGGGUCGCCACGAUCCUCGCCGAUCCAGGUGCGUACAAGUGCCACGACACGUGGGACGUCGACAGCUUGUGGACAACCCCGCAAAACUGUUUCUGGCCCAUCGAUCCCACCGAUACGGUUGGGCAGCUAUGCGGCGCCCGGUCGUGCCGAAGCGGUACCACGUGUGGCUCCAACUACGACAGCAAAGGGAACCCUCGUUUCCAAGACAUUCGCGUGAAUGGCAAGAUCGCCUACUCUAUUAUGGAUGAAGCGGACUACACCGACAACUUAAACUUUGGGCUGACUUCGUUUGACAAUAUCGGAAGCAGCCUCGUGAUUGUACUGCAAACGGUGACAGCGUCGGGGUGGAUGGCACUUGUGAGCAAUACGCAAGACAGCUUUUCAUGGGUCGGUGCCGGCGUCUACUUCCACGUCGUCCUCUUCUUCGGCAUGUGCUUCCUUCUUCAAAUCAACAUGGCCAUCAUGGUGUCGGCAUUUGAAGUGUCGAAAGUGGGAACUCCUGCGACAGAAGCGACCCAAAUCUCCACCGAGUCCACGUCAUCAACGUUGAAGCGGCGGGUCCUCGCGAGACUUCCUCGGACCGUUUGCAUCAAGAUCAAGCAAGCCCAAGCGGACGUGUGCAAUUCGCGGUGUGGACAGACGUACCACGCGUUUCGGCGACGCCUGCUGAAAAUUCUCCAAACCAAAUCAUUCCACCGGGUCAGCUUUACCUUCACCUUGGUCAACAUUGGGACGUUGGCCUUGCAUCAGCAUCCGAUGCCACCUGGAUUGAGCAGCGCGUACCUCGAGAUCAUUCAGUUUGUGUGUCUUGGCUUUUUUCUCAUCGAGCUCAUCAUGCAAAUGUCGGCUCACGGCCCUCGCGAAUUUCUUCGGUCCGGACUGAAUGUGUUUGAUUUUCUAUCCAUCGUGAUCGGAGUCGCCGACAUCGUGAGCAACCCGCCGGCCUUCAUCGACGGCACGAUUGCCAACAGCAACCCGUUCAUUGCGUUACGUGCGUUGCGCGCUGUCAAGUUGGCGCAGUCGUGGCGACCGUUGAAGCGCCUCAUGCUCGCCAUCGGUCGCACCAUGAGCGAGUUCCUCAACUUUUUGUUUUUUCUCGUCGUGUUUGUCUACAUCUUUGCGCUUCUUGGGAUGGAGCUCUUUGCCAACAGGUUUUACUUUGACGCGAACAAACGCCCGCUGGUCAACAACGGAACGCUGUCGCCGAUAUUUCGCCACCGGUCGCACUUCGACACGAUCGACGCCGCGCUCUUUACGGUGUUUCAAGUCAUUACGUACGACAACUGGCCUGCCAUCAUGUACGACGGGUGGCUCGCCGUGGGGGUGGCGUCCCCCGUGUACUUCAUCAGCAUCAUUGUACUUGGUGUGUGGGUUGUCAUGAAUAUGUUCUCGGCUAUCACGGUCAACUCUGUCAUGGACGCUGUCGAGUCGGACCCGGCAUCCGAAAUGAAGCGAUCGUUGUCCAAGAUGCGGUACCUGGAACGGAGUGUGAGUCGCCUCGAGCUCGGGCCGGACACCGUGAAGCAGCAACCUGUCUCGAAAACCAAAAGCGAGUAUGCGCUGCGGACGCAACACCCGCUCCGGUACGCGUGCCUCGAACUCACAAGGAGCAAGGCGUGGACAAUGUUUAUCAUUUUCGUCAUUGGCACGGCAUCGAUCGUGACCGCGUUUGAAACGCCAUUGAUGGACCCGCACGUUGGCAUGGGCCAGCUCAUGGACGAUAUCAAUCGCGUGUUUGCCGUCCUGUUUUCGGUGGAAAUGGCCAUCGAGCUGACCGCAAAUGGUGUCGCCAAAUACCUCAUGGACCCAUGGAAGGUGCUGGAUGCGUUGAUCACGGGUGUGUCGCUCAUGGCAUGGACGGGGACUCCUCAAGCCGUGGGUGGGAUGAACUUUGGCGUGAUUCGAUCCUUUCGGUGCCUGCGAGCCUUGCGGCCGCUGCGGGUGAUCAACCAGCUGCCACAGCUCAAGGUUGUGGUCAACACCCUUUUUCGCUGUGUCCCUGACAUUGGAAAAGCGCUCUUGUUCUUGCUCUUUAGUCUGUUUAUGUUUGGGAUCGUGAGCGUGUUGUUCUAUCAAGGCGGUAUGAGCUCGUGCUCGAUCAGCCCGUACAACUACCUCCAGCACCCGAGCUACACGCCGGUGCCACCGUGGUUCCCCCCCGACUACAUUGGCAACUACUCCAUGGCGGAUCUCGAGAAAUGGGACGUCAUGACGUUUCCGAAAUCAUGGGCCGACAUGGACGAUGCGACGAGGCUAGUCAUGGCGGGCGUAUGGCAUUCGACAUGCCCUUUCACGGACCAAGAGGCCGCCGACCCCUCGUUCAUUCCCACUUCUAAGCAAAUGUGUCUGUGCUUUUCGCUCUCGUGGAAGUCGGUCGUGCCCCAGAGCUUUGACAACGUCAUCGUCGCGAUGGCAUCGCUGUACGAGCUCACGACGAUGGAAGGGUGGGCGAACGUCGCGUUUGCCGCCGCCGAUUGCACCGGCAUCGACAGUCAGCCAUUGCCCAACUAUUCGCCGUUCAUGCUCGUGUUUUGGGUCACGUUCAUGGUGUUCUGCGCGUUUUUCAUGACAAAUCUGUUCCUGGGGAUCCUCUGCGACAGCUUCAUUCGGGAAAAGUACGGCGGGUUCCUCACAGACGACCAGAUCAAGUGGGUCAACUUUCAGCGCAAGCUCAUCGCGAUCGAGCCAUUCCAGAAGAUCCCGCGCCCGACCACGCCGCUCCGGCGAUGGGCGUUUGACUUGGUUCAAUGCGAAGGUUUCGACAUUGCCAUCACCGUUGGCAUUCUCCUCAACAUGGUGGCCCUUGCCAUCUCGUACAACGGGCAAGACCCAACGAUGGACCUUGCUCUGAACGCGAUCAACUAUGCGUUCUCGCUCGUGUUUCUGUUUGAGGCAGUGCUGAAGCUAUUCGCGGUCGGCCCGCGGCACUACUUUAGUCGGGGGUGGGACUGCUUCGACUUCUUCAUCCUCAUGAUUACAAUCGUUUCGACGAUCUUGCCAUUUACGGGGUCCGACAAACAGCUCAACCUCGGUGGCGGCUCCAUGGUUGUCCGCGUGUUCCGCGUCGGGCGCGCCUUGCGCUUGAUCAACAAGGCAAAGUUGAUGCGCAGCCUCUUCGACACAAUCAUCAUUGCACUACCGGCCGUGGGGAACGUCACCGGCCUCCUCAUGCUCAUGUACUACAUCUUUGCCGCGGUGGGGGUCCAGCUUUUCGCCAAGGUCGGGUAUGGCACCGAGCUCCUCAACCGGCACCAAAACUUUCGCACGUUUUGGCUGGCACUUCAAACUCUGAUCGGGUUCUCGACGGGCGAAAACUGGGACAACUUUAUGUGGGAGCUGUACGCGGUGUCGCCCGAGUCGAAUCCGACGUGUGCCGACCCAACCUACAACAGCUCGAUGUGCGGGUUCAUUGACGACCUCGAGGGCUGUGAGCCGCUCAAUGGUUGUGGUUCAUGGAUGAUCGUGCCGUUUAUGUAUUUGUUUGAGCUGGUCGUGGGCUACAUCGGACUCAACCUGUUUUCGGGUGCGCCGCCGUAGGUAUCAUUCGUUCUCUCAGCGUGCCACGUCAUAGGGAUCUUGGUCGAUGCGGUGGCCGACGCGGACGCCGCAACAUCGUCGGUCGUGAUGGAUUUACAAGACUUUGCCCGGCUUUGGUCGGAGUUUGAUCCGAAGGGGACUUGUCGGAUCGAGCUGGAUGAACUCACGCUCAUUCUCAAACAAAUGCAACCGCCCUUGGGGUACAACGGAGUGCCUGGCUACACGUUUCAUCGAGUGCGGAAGGAGCUCGGCUCGACAGGUGUCAUGGUGUACGACCGCAAGUUCGUGCAUUUCCGGGAAAUUCCCCGCGCGCUCGCCCUUCGCGCCGUCAGCAAGGUACAGUAGAGCACUUUUCGCUUUGCGUAUCAACAGCAUGGAUGGACAGGGUGAUCCCGAAGCGUUUGCCGAGUUGAGUUUGAUGCUAGACGACUUGGGCAUUACGAAGGACUUCCAUCGCGCGUGGAAUCGGCGGUAUCGAAAAGGCGCCGACACACUUGUACGGAUGGAACCGACGGCCCCCAUCCACUUGCACGUGGCAGGACUACUGAUUGCUGGAUGGCAUCGCCGCCGCAAACGCCGCCAGCUUCUGCGCCAACACUCGUUUCGGGCAGACGACGACUUGGACGAAGUCACGUUGGUUCUCCAAGACCUGUGCAACGCUGUCAUGUUACGUGCAGAGCAUAGUCGCGGUGGAUAAUGGCUGAGCCACACGUCGUUCACGUUAACUCACGCUUAUUUAUCAUGGAGCUUGCGCUUGUAAAACACAACGUUGCCCGUGUCUUCGACAAAUUUGCAGUGCGAAAAUGAACGCCACAACGCAAACGGGAUCGGCGUCGGGUCCUUCAAGUAGUAGUCUCCCAGGAGCGGCACAAUCGCCUUGGUCGCUUCCUCGGCGUUGUAGAACGGCAUCUUCGAGAAGAUGUGGUGCGUCACGUGGGUGUCGGCGAUGUGAUGGAUGGCACCGUCAAUCCAUGACCCGAAAGAACGGUCCACCGUGCACAGCGCUCCGCGCAACCAGUUCCACUCGUCGCCGCGAAAGUGCGGGACGAAAGUGUCUGUGUGCUGGAGGUACGUGAUCAGGACCAAGUACGCAUUGCACACCAUGUACGGGGCGAAGUAGAAAUUCCACACGUUCACAAUGCCGUAGGUGUAGAUGGCAGACACGAGGAGGUACAGAGCGCCGAGGAAGCAAAUAUCGCUCCACCAAAUGCUCAAUCGUUCCUUGGGUAGAAUGAAUGCAGCGUAGGGGUUGAAGUGCGACUUGGGUUGACCUUCGUACUUGCUCGGUCCCGUCGCGUUAAAGAAGAGGUAACCAGGCAUCCAACCCACAGUCAACAUGAGGGUGAUCUUGUACAGGUUGUAAAGCGGCGAGUCUUCCAAGAGCGAGUGGUCGCCCGCAGCCUCCACGUCCGAGCGUGUGUUGGGAACAAACACUUCGUCGUUCUCGCAGCUUCCUGUGUUCGAGUGGUGGCGGCGAUGGGUGAUUUUCCACGCAUGGUACGGCACAAACAAGAGCGAGUGAAGCACGAUACCCACAGCGUCGUUGACAAAUUCCGAGUCCGAGAACGCUUGGUGCCCGCAUUCGUGGGCGAUUACCCAGAUGCCCGUGAAGUACGUUCCCUGGACAAAGUAGUACACGAUCCACGCCAAAGCCUUCACAGGGUAAGGCAAUUCGGUCGCAUUCACGUACAGCGCCACCCCAAAGAUCGCGGCGCAGAUGGCAAUGUUGACGACAAGGUAGUAGAAACUCUUGACAAAGCUACGUUCAAAACAGUGCGCCGGAAUCGCCGCACGGAGGUCCUUCAGAGUGAUCGUGGGUGGCUCCAACGGGAGAGGAUCCGGAGCACCGUCGACUUUGCGGUAUCCUGCCGCCGUCAGCGUGUCCAGUUUGGUUGGACGGCUUUGGCACAUUGUCGCGAUU